ACUGCAGGCGGCGCCAGUGCAGCAGGAGCCGUCCAGAUGUUUCGGUGGGUGUCCAUCCUCCUGGUGGCGCUGCAGCUCUGCCGCCCGGCGCUGCAGUCGGACCCGCUCCUCCUCGUCUCCGAGCCGCAGGACGGACAAGAGGAACCCGCCCAGGCAUGGCUGAACAUCAAACUGGGAGAUGUGGUUCCAUCCAGGGAACUCCAAAAGACCCCAGAAAUUCGAGCUCCAACUGAGAGCGAGGCAUCCCCACAUUCCCUCCCGAUGUUUGAAGAAUACACCAACCUCAAGUGGGUCACAUGGAACGGCUCGCUUCCAAACGGCGCCGUCGCCAUUUUCAACGGGUACACCGAGCGCACCGACUACGUGUGUAAGGUCAACUGCGAGGCAGGAUUCUACACACCAGGCAAUGGUCAUGUCUGUCGGUACCCCUACGCUGACAAAGAGUACGCUUCCUCCAAGUUCGAAGUGCUGGUCAACAUUGACCAGUUUGAGUUCCUGGAGUGGGUGGAAGAAUCCUACGGAGAUGUGCCCCCAUACUCGGUCAGGACCUGCUCCAAUGUGGACAUCUUUGUUGGUAAAAACAAGUACGGUCUUGGCAAAGUGGUCCCCCAACACGAGGCCUUCUUCCUCCCCUGGGAAGGUGACGAGUACUGGUACAAGAGCUACCAAGUCCUGGCCAUCAACCAGGCAAGCUACAGUCAGCACAUCUCUCAUGUGCAGUACGGGAUCGACCAGAUGGAACUCUUCCAUCAUCCCCCCGAGACCCUGCAGCUCGCCAAGGUCACCAACCUGGAGUGCAGCAGCGUGGAGAAGACAGUGAAGUUGGAGAAGACCAGCACGGUGGAGAAGUCGUGGGACAUUGGGCGUCAGACCCGCAAUGGUUCUGUGUCCACGAUGAGCGCCAAAAUACCCAUCCUAGGACCAGGGACUGUUGACUUCACCAAGGAGCAGACCAUGACCUUUUCCGAGGGAACGACCACGAGGGAGUCCAUCCGGCACGCUGUCUCGGUGCAGCUGCUGGUGCCGCCCAACCACUCGUGCAGCGUGAGGAUGGACGGCAGGAAGAUGACGGCCGACAUCCCCUUCACCGGCAGGCUGAGCAGGACCAACCACAACGGAGACACACACUGGACCUUCAUCACCGGAACCUACGACGGCAUGAGCGUCGGUGAGAUCAACGCAGUGGUGGAGCGGUGUCAGCCAGUCGCAGACGCUGUUCCCUGCUCACCAGCAGAAGAUGAGCAGCACUGA